UGACAUGACAAGCUGCAAAAGAAUGCACUUGCUAAAUUUCUCAUAUAAUCUAGUCUCAUAUUGCGGUCCAAACCUAGAACAAGCGUCAAUAUUGAUAUGAAUGGCUCAUCCUCAACGCGUUUGGUUUUCUUCUUGUUUCGUUCAGUUUUCUUUCUGCUGUCAAAGGAGUGAUUGUUGACAAUUGUUCUUUCUGUGCGCUCCAAGACCAGCUCUACAUUUUGCUCCUCCAAGUCUAAAAUCAAUCAUUACGAGGACAAUGCUGGACUUUUUCAGAAAGAAGAUUGCAUGGCUUGUGCUGCAGUACGAGCUUAUUACCUGCUUGAACAUGUUUGAACCUUGGGAACAAGCCUGUCUCAAUGCAACUAUGCUCCUCGUUGCCUCCCUAGUCUCUUAUUCUUCAUAUGUCUACCUACCACAUUAUAUGAUGUCUCUAUUGAACAGUAUUUGGUCUGUUGUCUCGACAGGUGAAGAACGUUUAGAAUACCGCUAUGAAUCAGGGUAAACUGCUGUUUUUCAUUUCAUCAAAGUUUCGCUGACUGCUAUGAAUCCUGAUACUCUUGUUCUAUCAAUCGUCUAUUUUAUUUGUUGAUUUUUUAAAACUUGUGGGUUGGUUUUUCUGGUAUUUUGUUUAUGUGUGGGUGGUGUGAGUCUUGUAAGUUCAUGGGAUGAUAUCUCAAAUUGUUUAGUUGAAGCUUGAGACAUGCUCGUCGUAUUUAACUAUCCAAUGUAUACGAGUAACAGCUCGGUUAAAUUUGUCACAUUCUUUUUUUUGUGUGUAGUUCUUGCUGUGCCAUUGGUUUGAAUUUGCGACUCCAUUUUAUUUUACCUAAGCCAACAUUGAAACCCUCAGUUUACAUUCACAUAAAAUUCGUAGUUCUUCCUAUUUGUUUUGACUGUCACGCAAGGAAAGCUCUAUCCAAUGAUAAGGAUGUCAUACUGGAUAGUUUUGUUGAUGCACAUCACACUUAAAGGCUGUGGGUUUGUUUUGUGAUUGAUAUUUUACAUGUUGUUUAUUUAGUAAUUAGUAAUAGAUCAUAUGAUGAAAUAAAUACCAACUACCAUUUUCUCCUUUAGACAUAUUCCAUUUGAUUGUGCAUUCCAUUCUUGUGAAGAUGGUCUCCAUAUUAAAUAUUAUUUUUUAUGCCUGUAGCUCAGUCUGAAUUGCUAGCCAAAAGUCCAUAUCACGCUAGAUUGUUAUUAAUAAAUACUUAACUGUAAACUGAACCACUAAAUUCUAUUUUUUGACAUGAUCUCUAGGAUAAAUAUGAAAUCAGUUUCUCCUACAUAAUUUUCUUUCGGCUAAAAGUGAUGGCUAUUUUCAUCACUCCAGAUUUCAAGAGCCCAUGAAAGUGAAAAGAAAAAUUGUGAACAAUGUGAUUGUACCACACUUAUUAUUCCACGCACUGAAUCUGUUUGUCACAAAUCUGUUAUUUCUAAGAUGCCCAAUAAAAUGAUCGCUCAAGAAUGAA